CCCUCUUCUCCUCCCCCCUUCAACUUGCUGGUUGCAAUCCGUGCAUUGCAUGGAUCCGUCGCCCGAACCCACCAUCCAUCUCCCAUUUUCCUUCCACCACGCAACAGGUCAUGGUUCUAAUCCAGCUCGUGCCUAGCCCCCGAGCCCUGGUCAAACAAAUCUGAGUAUUACCAGCCUGGGUCUCCUCUUCUCUUGCCAUCCCUUCUUUUUUCUCCAUCAUCUUCCGCUUCCUUCACAAAUCUUGCCUACGCUCCUCCCCCUCCUCCCCUCCCCCCCAGCCUCACCAACGUCGUCGCCCCGUAACCUCAACCCGUCCCCGUCCGCCGUAGGCUAUAGCGACCAUUUGCAACCCGCUGCCUACGAUUGCGCCCUUGCCCUCGUCCCGUCACCCCGGGCUCCCCUUCUGCCUGCUCCCUCCCCGCGCGACUGCUAUGUUCGCUGUCCUCUGACCCGGCCCUGCCAAGUCUCUUCUCGGUCGUGCAAUUGGGCUGCGAGGGCGGGAGAUCCUCGCGCGUGAGGCUGAAUAAGAGCUGAAGGAAUCAUCCCGAGAGGUUGCUCGCACCUUACGGCCUUCUGUCGUAAACAUCAUCCCCUCGUCGAACACCUACCACGCGGUGGCACGUACGCGAUACCUCUUCGAACGUCAAAUUCUAACCCACCCUUUGCUCCGUCGUCUCGUGACCGCAGCUCGUCCGCGCAAGACGACACCAUCGCAUCAAUAUGUCCAUGUACCCGCAUCGCGGCCUGCCGCAAAACGCGGCGCGCCUUAACGAACUUCUCGACCAGAUUCGCACCGAGUUCGACAAUCAGGUCCGCAUGAACGAAGGCUAUGAGCAGCAAAUCCAACAGCAGGUCCAGGAAGCCCAGCUCAUCCGCGAGAAGGUAUAUCAAUUAGAGCAGCAGCACAUCAACAUCAAAGCGAAGUAUGAUGAAGAGAUAGUUCUGCUACGCCGUCAACUCGAGGCGGCACGAGGUGGCGCUCCGCAGCCUGCCAUCCCCGGCCCGCCUCAGCACGGCGGCCCUUCGGCGGGACCUCCGCCCCCUUCCAUCGGCAUGGGUAACAACCUCUUUAGUGGGAUCAUGACGGGGCAGGGUGGUCAGGGUGGUCUGCCGCCGCAGCCCACUCCCCAGGACCAGGCCCCGCCCGGGCCUCAGCACCAGAUGCCGCAACCACCGGUGCUGCAAGGGCCGCCUCCCCCGCCGGCGCCUCCUCAGCAGCAGCCUCCUUUUCAGCAGUCCUACCAGGGGCCAGGUCCCAACGGGUUCCCGGGUCAGCCCCCUCAGAGCACGGCUUCCCCCGGCCCAGGCAAGCGUGGCAUCGGUAGGCCUCCGGCUGGUGGGCCUGCUACUCCGCAAAUCAACACCCCGAUGCCGUAUGCCGGGCCGGGCGCCUCGCCGCAGGUCGCGAACCACCCGACCCCUGAUCACCGGGCCAUGCCGCCUCACCCCGGUCCGAUGGUCAACAACGCUCUCGGCGACUUGGACGUCGAACGUCUCCCGCCUCACGUGAAGAAGACUCGGGACGAUUGGUUCGUCAUCUUUAACCAGCACGUCCCGCGUCUGCUGGACGUCGAUCUAGUCCACACCCUAAACCACGAGAGCGUGGUGUGCUGUGUGAGAUUCAGUCACGACGGCAAAUACGUGGCGACCGGGUGCAACAGAUCCGCACAAAUCUACGAUGUCUCUACCGGCGAGAAGGUCUGCGUUCUUCAGGACGAGAACGCCGACGUCACCGGGGAUUUGUACAUCCGGAGUGUGUGCUUUAGCCCCGACGGCAAGUACCUGGCUACGGGAGCGGAAGAUAAGCUCAUUCGCGUGUGGGACAUCGCCUCCCGGACGAUUCGGAACACGUUCGCCGGCCACGAGCAGGACAUUUACUCUCUAGAUUUCGCACGAGACGGACGCACGAUCGCUUCCGGUAGCGGAGACAGAACUGUGAGGCUCUGGGAUAUCGAGCAGGGUACUAACAUGUUGACCCUCUCUAUCGAAGAUGGCGUCACCACCGUUGCUAUCUCGCCGGAUACGAAGUACGUCGCUGCCGGGUCACUCGACAAGAGCGUUCGCGUUUGGGAUAUCCACCAGGGGUACCUCCUAGAGCGCCUCGAGGGCCCCGAAGGCCACAAGGACAGUGUCUAUUCCGUCGCAUUUUCUCCUAACGGCAAGGAUCUGGUGAGCGGUAGCCUGGACAAGACCAUCAAGAUGUGGGAGUUGUCUACCCCUAGGGGAGGUCAGAAUCCUGGCCCCAAGGGAGGCCGAUGCGUCAAGACCUUUGAGGGUCACAGGGACUUUGUUCUCAGCGUUGCCUUGACCCCGGAUGCGAACUGGGUUAUGUCGGGCUCUAAAGAUCGGGGGGUCCAGUUCUGGGAUCCCCGAACCGGCUUCACCCAACUCAUGCUCCAAGGGCACAAGAACUCUGUGAUCUCGGUAGCCCCCAGUCCGACCGGCGGCUAUUUCGCGACGGGCUCCGGCGACAUGCGGGCUCGCAUCUGGUCGUAUAGACCCCUGUCGUAGACAGGCAUGUAUCAGUCGCACGGCCGAAAGUGACUCAGUAUACUACUAAGCUGCUUAGUUGUUACUUACAUGGAGUGACGCUUUACUUCCGCAGCGAGGGCUAUCUGCCGUGUGUCCGAUGAUAAUAAAGCUCGGGCGUUUGUUAAUGGUUGCCUUCGGGUUUAGGGAACUGCUGGUGUUCUAGAAUCGGAGUUGCUGUGACUUCAGAAACCCCUCGGGAAGGAGGAGAGGAAGGGGUGGCCUUUUCCACCCACGUUGACGACGCGCCUCCAUUCCCUUCCGUUUUCCCUCUUCCCUCUCUCCUCGACAGACAUCUAGGCGUGGAUAAAUAAACGGCGCUGUACCUUUUUUUUUUCUCCGCCUUGUAGGGUGGACAAUGAUGGGGGAGGGAGAAGAAUUCGGAGUCGAAACUAGGUGGUUAAAGGGGGCGGGGGAGGGAGGAGUUGGUUCUAUCUUCUCUCACCCCUCCCCCUUCCGCCUUCUCGGAAGUGGUGAUGGAAACGCUUACUUAUUUUAGAAGGGGGCCCCCACGUCUUUUCUCUCUCGAACUGCUUGUUGAUAAAAAAUAAAUUUAAAAAUAAAACAAAGAAACCGGCGUAGCCUCGAGGUCUCGCUCGGCUUAAAAUCAAGUCCUUUUUUUUUUGA